CUACAAACUUUAUCCAUUAGCAAGCUAUUUCAAUCUGAUAUUAAGAAACUACCAAAAGAAAUUGUUGAAGAAAUUCGUUUCUUAAUAGUCAUAGCUAAAGCAGAUACAACAAUACAAUAUCAA